GGAACUCUGGGCGUGGCGAGCCUCGGCCCAAAACUGGGGAAACAGGGUACCUCGGAAGGUCUAUUACCAAACUGUCGAGGGGUGGUCCAACAUACUCCUCCUUCUCUUCCACUUCUCUUGAUUCUCAUCCUCAUAGCCCUUGUUUCACACUGGAUCACACAUAUCAGUGUUCCUCAAGAGCCUACGAAGCCACCAUCAAAUCAUCAUGUCGUCCAGAAUCCCAGAGAUCUGCAAGAACCGUGUGAGCGAUCGGGCAAAGAAGACGUUGGACAUCGUUGCCAAGUUUGUAGAAGAAGAAUGCAUCCCAGCUGAUCCAGUCCUCGAGGCCCAGAUAGGCUCUGGGGACGCGAGAUGGGACCACUACCCCACCAUUAUUGAUGAGCUCAAGCAGAAGGCCCGUUCUCUUGGUCUUUGGAACAUGUUCCUGCCCAAGGGCCACUAUAAGGAGUCCCCAGGUUUUACAAACCUCGAGUAUGGCCUCAUGGCAGAGUGGCUCGGCAGGUCCAAGGCUGCUUCGGAAGCAGUCAAUUGCGCCGCCCCUGACACUGGAAACAUGGAAGUGUUGGCCAAGUACGGAAAUGACGCUCAAAAGGCACAGUGGCUGCAGCCUCUACUGGAUGGCAAGAUCCGCUCCGCCUUCCUGAUGACUGAGCCUCAAGUGGCUUCGAGUGAUGCCACUAAUAUUGAGCUGGAGAUUCGUAAGGAGGGAAAUGAAUAUGUUUUGAAUGGCCAGAAAUGGUGGUCCAGCGGCGCAGGAGACCCCAGGUGCAAGAUCUAUAUUGUCAUGGGCAAGUCUGAUGCCCAAAACAAGGACCCCUACCGCCAGCAAUCCGUGGUUCUCGUACCGGCAGACACGAAGGGUAUCACGAUCCACCGCAUGCUGAACGUUUACGGGUACGACGAUGCGCCCCACGGCCAUGGGCACAUCUCUUUCAAGGAUGUCCGCGUCCCUGUCAGCAGCCUCGUGCUGGGCGAGGGCCGCGGUUUCGAAAUCAUCCAGGGCAGACUCGGCCCUGGCCGUAUUCACCACGCUAUGCGUACCAUUGGCGCGGCCGAGAAAGCUCUCGAGUGGAUGUUGAUGCGCAUCAACGACCCCACCAAGACCCCCUUCAAGAAGCAGCUGCGCGAGCACGGCGUGAUUCUCGAAUGGGUCGCCAAGUCCCGCCUCGAGAUCGACGCCGCCCGCCUCGUCGUGCUCAACGCCGCCAUCACCAUGGACGACCACGGGCCGAAGGGGGCCCUGAAGGAUAUCGCGGAGGCCAAGGUCCUCGUGCCGCAGAUGGCACUGACGGUGAUCGACCGCGCGGUGCAGUCGUUCGGCGGCGCUGGUGUCAGCCAGGACACGCCGCUGGCGUACAUGUGGGCGGGUAUCCGCACGCUGCGCCUUGCGGACGGGCCGGACGAGGUACAUCUCCAGCAGAUGGGCAGGAACGAAAACAAGAGGGGCAAGGAGGUUACAGCCAAGAUCCUGGCGCAGCAGAAGAAGACGGAGGAGCUGCUUAAGCAAUACGGGCUGAAGCACGCGCAGCCGGGCCAGAACAUCCAGAAGUCCAAGCUUUAGAUGUUUUGCUGCUAUGUAUUUAGAAAGCCCAGACAAAUUCAAAAUUGAUGAUCGUGUCCCUUGAAAA